AUAAUAAUAUGCAGUACAAACACAGAAUAAAUAGUUAUUACAUUAAAACUAAAAUUUAUGCUCAAUAACCUCAACAUUCCAGCUGUUUUUAUCAAUGUGUGCUCCUGAUAAAAACAAACAAAUGAGUAUAGUGCGACGAACAAAAUGCACAAAAAGAAAGAAAUUAUCCUUUUGUUAUCAAAUAAACCCAAUCCAAUAGGUGGUAAAUUAAUACGAAAUCAAGAAGCAAACAAGGUUUUAGAUAUAUGUUUUAUAUGCAAGCCAAACAUAGAGAAAAGAGAGACAACUCAUGCAAAUGUAUACAAAAAUGGCUUCAGUUUAAAGUUAUCAAGUAUUUCUGAAGAAAAUUUAAUACACAAUGAGAGUAUACCAGUACAAUCAGCAGAUGAUGAACCAUUAAUAUCAUGUUUAUCUUAUGAUGAUAAUCUUUUUAAGGAAAGUGUUACUCUUGGCAAUGUUUAUUCCAAUAAUGAAAAAACAAACAGAAACUGCAUUAAUAUUCUACAUGAAUAUAUUGGAAAUGAUCAUGAUGAAAAAUUACAAACAAGAAAUUCAUCUUGUGUAUAUGAAACUCUGUUUCAUUAUAUAAAUUUACACUUUAUCCUUAAAUCUGAGAAGUUACAGUGGUUACAUUCAUUCCUACAGAGACUUCAUUGGUACACACAUUUCACAUCAGAAAUGUCAGCAUUUUCCACCAAUUGCCAACAAGAAAAUAAGAAAAAAGCCAUUAUUACCAAAAACUUGCUCUCUGCAAAAGUAUUUGACUUUAUUUUGGGUGUCAUUGCCCUUUACUUUGUCUUGGAACAUAAAUCAAACAUUUGGGAGACAAUUUUACAUUCCACAAAGUAUGUUAUUGAUGAGUUGAAAAACUUACUGGAAAUAUUAAUGGGAUCACCUGCCGGACUAAAGCUUAACUGUGCCUUGAAUCAUACUCUUGGCAUAUUCUUCUUCUAUCACAUCUCACUGUGGAAAGCAUUUAUUGAAAGCAUUGUGAUUGUAUCAUCCAGUAUUCUGUAUGGAUUUGUUAUUUUGGGUUCAUUGGGAUUGAGCUAUCAGAUUGCUCUAUGUGCUGACGUGAUUAUGUUUCUUACUUUUCAUGUGUACUGCAUUUAUGUUUAUGCAGCAAGGCUUUAUAGAGUACAAAUGUAUGCAAUUACAUCACUAUGGAGACUAUUUAUUGGAAGAAAACACAAUCCCUUAAAAAACCGAGUGGAUUCGUUCCAGUAUUCACAUAAUCAGUUGUUUGUUGGAACAUUGGGCUUUACAGUAUUGUUAUUUUUAUUGCCAACAACGUUUAUGUACUACAUCGUCUUUACAUUGUUUAGGAUUGUGGUGCUACUAGUUUGCAAAGUAAUGUUUCGAAUAGCAAAUAUGUUAUCGGCAAUACCAUUGUACUUGUUAUUUUUGCGUCUGAUUGGUUCAUCUAGAAUCAAAGGCUCAAUAAGAAUUUACGCGACUACAAAUGAGGCGAAUUCUACUCUAAAACUGCAUGCUUCAUUGGAUUCACUUGGUAGCUGGUUUCAAAACGACAAUGCUAUUACUGUGGAGGCAAAUGGUCGACCAUUAAAUGAAUAUGUUAACAGUAUAUGUACCGGCAAAUUGUUUUAAUUCUUUAUAUUUUAUAUUUCUUUAAUAAAAUUAAACUUAAGAUUUCUGAAAAUUACAGAACUGCAA